AAAAUCGAACCUAGCGGGAUACCAUUCAUUUCCGAGAACUUAAACAAAUGAGUCUCAAGGACAGGUGCCAAGAUCUCUAAGUACUUUGAAUCUAAUUACUUCCUGAGCCAGUCACUUAGAUAGUACAGUUUAUAUAACAUGCAAUAUCACUGAGGCAAGACAAGAGCUUAAUUCAGUUUAAGAUCUUCUAAUGGAGGAAGAAUGGCGUCCUUGAAGACACUCGGCGGUGAGAUUUCAACUAUGUUUGUGGUUCUCUCUCUUCCUGUUGCACUUGUUUUGUCGAAUUAUCACGCAGAUGAAGAAUCCCGCAUCUUGAUAUUUAAGGAAGAAGUACCAAACAAAGCUCUGCAUGGUCAUGUGAUCGCGACUGGGCAGGUGCUCAAUGAGGGGAGCUGUCGGCUGCAAUGUUAUUUGGAGCCCGAUUGUGUGUCCAUUAAUGUAGGUCCUUUGAAGGACGGAAGUCAUCAGUGUGAUUUAAAUGACGUCACCGACGACAAAGAGUUUGCUGUUGUACUAAGCCACACGACAGGCUUUACUUAUAAUGGUGUCGAGAAUCCAUGUAGACACGGCCCAUGUAAAAACAAUGGCGCUUGUCAAGCUGGCUUCACCAGUGAAGGGUUUCGAUGUAUCUGUCCUAUAGGAAUACUUGGAAAGAAGUGCGAGAGAGAUUUGAGAGUGGGGUGUUUUAAAGUUGCUAAUGGCCGUACAGAACUCCGUGAUCUGACUGGCGAAGUAAAAUGGGAUAAUGCGAAUAAAGCAGUGAAGAAGUGCGCUAAGUUAGCUAAAGAUGAAAGUGUUAAGUUGUUCGCUUUGGGAAAAGGUGGCGUUUGUUUAUUUGGGCCGCAUAUGAAAAAUACUGACCUCGACAGCGGAACUGAAAACGCACAGUGCCACAACGGUAUUGGAAUUGGAGACAGCGUGUUUUUAUAUUCCUUAGAAUCGUUGAGUCUUCAACCGCUUGGGUGUUAUAAGGACAGGAAAAGCGACCGGGCUCUGCCAGAUCUUUACCAUAACCUCCGAGGAAGGAUCCAAUGGAACGCUACUAGACGCGGAUUGGAUCUAGUAGUGGAGCAGUGUGCAAUACAAGCCUACAAAAUAGGAUACGAAUACUUCGGCGUUCAAAAUUAUGGAGAGUGUUACGGUAACGGGACGAAUUACACCAAACAUGGUGACAGUCACGAUUGCGAUGUGUAUGACAACGAAACUGGUCACGCAGUGGGAAAAUCACUUGCUAAUUUUGUGUAUUACCUUAAUAAAACAAUGAUAGAAUUAAACUGAAAACACAUUCUUCGACUGGAGACGCAAAAUCAAUCCCGACGAAAAAAGUGUCUGCUAUUUUGAGCAUCUUGAGUUAAGACCGUGGCGAACUAUAAAUGGACGUACUAGGCCUUUUUGUCUCUUGAUUCAAAUAUAAAACGAUAGCUCGUAUUGUAUCUGUCUACGUAUUGAGAUGCAUAACGAUGCAGCAGACGGAUUAUCUCUCUGAGCCAAGUCUCUCUUGUUGGGAAUCCGCCUCUAGUACAAAAGAAGCCAAUCAUCUUUAACCGCCCAUAGAAGUCUCGAUUUCAUAACCUAAUCGUUUAGUAGUUGAUACUUACUGGGAAUCCGUAAAUGUGACUGGCUAAGCCAUCGUUGAUUAUUCGCCCAUUGUCAACGCCCCGCCUGUUUUGUCAUAAUUCUGAUGAAUUCUAAAGAGCCAUCCUGUUGCAUAAAAAAGUUACUUAACUUGAAGCUCAACUUAUUAUGUGAUAGAAAAAAGUGGUCCCUAAACAAUCUAACUACUUCCUCUCCUUUUUUUUUUACGACCAAUUAGCAAAACGGCUGUCCUUGGCUCUUCGCUAAUAAAAAAAUAACCAAUCUCGCAGUCUUCACUGUAAUUAUAUGCAUAUAUACAAAUAUAAACUAGAUUUGAGACUUCCUAACGUCAAAAGUAUUACCGAUACUGUACCAGGGUUACCACCCACCGGAACAAAAAAAAUCCCUGACUUUUCAUUGACUGUAAAGCAAUUUUCACUGACCGUGCAGGAUGAUUAUUUUGGCAGUCAACAAAAAUAAGGAUGGCUCAGAUAAUUUUUAAAACAAAAUUUCCUUAUCUAUUCAAAAAUAUCUAAUGAAAUAAUUUGCGGCAACCUUAAGAUAAAAUUCCCAGACUUUUCACCGAUGUAGAAAUUCCCUGACCUGAUACAAAACUCCCUGACUUUUCCCUGACCUUGAAUAAAAUCUUAUUUUCCCUGACUUUUCCCCGACCGUGGCAACCCUAUGUACUGGUACUGGAUGUCCGAGAGUAAAUAUUGAUUUCAAUAACAAAAAAUUAAUUGGUAUACCUGUGUAUAGCCCCAUUUUGCUGCGUAAAGCCCGGUAUAGCCUGGUGUAGCUGUGUAUAUACCCUUUCAAUGGUAUACCAUGGCAUAAACUUUAUCCCACGAGUCACUUGUAUUUUCUCGGUAUACGCACGAGCUUUUACAGGUAUAGUUUAAUAACGCAUAACUAUUUUAUACGAAGCCACAUAAAAUACAGUGGUCAACGCAAUCAAUGCCACUUACGCGCGGCGCAUGAUGGGAAGGUUGGAGUGAUGCCGUUGAAACUACAACGGCUUUCAUGUAUUCUGAUUGGCUGUAUUUUCUGAGGCAUAGUUUAAGGCAUGGUAUAGCCUGUCAUAUGCUACACUUUAUCUCGUAGCAUACCAUGAGAUAUCCUGCUUGUCACACGAGCCUUUUUGCAAAAAAAUUUUUACCCUGCCAUAGAAUACAGUGGCAAAGACAGUCAAUGCGACGGCCACGCAGUGAAGUACCGUCGAGCUUACAACAACUUUGCUCUACACUGACUGGCUGUAUUUUCUAUGUAACUUAAUGAGUAUUUUACUGUAGUCUGUUAGUUGUUUCCAUUCUAUUCGACAGCUGAGCACCAAUUUAUACUAGAUUAGAGGCAACCUUAUAUCAAGAGUGUAGUAAUUGUGGUCCCAGGAUUUCCGAUGGUUCAUGAGGAAAACGAACGAUAGAAAACGGCGAAACUGAGGGAGACUUUCAAAGAACAGCCUAAAGUUCGCGUACGAUAAUCGAUGUGGACAUGUGUAAUCAGCUAUAGUACUAGCAUUUUGUUAUGAUAAGUUGUAAAUAGGUUGUAACAGAUUUCUCGUAGCCUUAAGCUGAACAAUGAUUUGGACACACAAACUACACAAGUAUCAGUGGUUUGUAAAUGCUGGUAUUGUCGUCCGUAUGAGAAAAUAGAUACAAAAGUAUUGGAAAUCCAUAGUUUGGCUAAACUAUUCCUGCCACCCUUCAAAGGUCGAAUCUUCUGUUCGCGUUCCUGUAACCUAUGAAGCUUACGAGGGUGGGUGCUUAGCCCAACCGCUCAAACCGGAGGGUGAGGGUUUUCUCACGGGGUUUCCUUCCCCUAGCCAUGGGUUCUUGCUAUCAAGGGGGAAUAGAAACUCGCCUCUCGCUAUUGCAAGGAAGUAACUGUUAGAGUAAACUUUCCUUACUACAAAACACAGUAUAUUGACCGCGGUCAUCCCGACCAGCGGCAUACUUCAUUGAAUCUCCUAUAAAAAUUAAAUUAGAAAGAUUGUAGUAGGUUCCUUAGAAACCCUUUCUUGGCUCAGAGUAAAACAAAAUGACACUUAGAUACAAUAAAUUUAAAAUUCAGUGCAGCGUAUUCUCGCGAUGAAGUUACGACUGUUAAAUGACUUCAUAUGAUUAAGAGUAAGUCAAAAUUUGUAUGAUUGCAAUGUUUCAUGAUUUCAAACCUAUAAGGCUGAAACAUGGGAACUAAAUUAAUUUGAACCCCUUCUUCGCAUUUCUGCAAACACAUUUUCCGCUUAUAAACAAUGGCUGCCAUAAAACGCGCUAUCUGAAAGAUUACUGAAGACUACAGAAUUUGAAUAACUAUGUUAAAUCUGAGAUCAUGACAUUUUAGCUCACUGAAAGCCGAGAAAUAGGCAUCAGUUUUACAGCUGGGGUUGCAGCACCACAUUUAGCCGAAAAAGUGAGAGAAAACCGCAACACUAAAAACGAAUUUUAGGUUGUGUCUUGAGAGCCUCGCCAUCAAACUUCAGCAAGUAACUCAUACAAGGGUUGCGUUGUAAGUAGUCAGUGUAGUCUGCUUUCACUCCAUCUCCUUGGGAACGACGAAUGUCGAAAAAUUAAAACAUGAGAAUCACCGAGUAAUCUCUUCCUGUUCGUGCAGGAAAAGUUCCAAAAACUUAAAAUUCACGAGCUAAAAAUCCUAAAGGUUUUUUAUAUCAAUACUUAACGAAAUAUGUCUCAACUCGACCUAAACCUAGGUCUAAUAACCUGUUUCCAUCCGAUUUAAUCGUUAAAUGGUUCAUGUCCUUUGUUAUAUACUGUUCUACCAAACAAAACCUUUGAGGUGGCUUUUCACGUGCGUUUGAGUGUGUGCGAUUUUGCCAUGUUUAAGAACUCUUUAAAAUUAUCCUAAAAUAAAUUACAGUAAUCCUCUAGAUUAAAACACCAUCUCGGGGGCCAGACCUGUACGACGACUAAAAACAUGCCAAGCUCUUAGAGACUAGAGCUAAGCGUGACCAUAAUUACAUGAUGUCUGUGAUUUGAUGCAUUUGGUGACCGCUACGUGGGCAGGCAAGCUAAAAUGGGUUUCGUGUCAAACUUAAAGUUCAAAAACACCGAAGACGAGAACUGGAAUUCUUUAUCUUCCCA